ACUCUCACCCGUCUCCGGCGAAGCAUGCGCCCCUCACGUGCCGGCGUGCUCCGGACACCGCCGGCGAGCUCACCCUCCCCACUCCUCAUCCUCUUCAUCUCCCUCCUCUCCAUUUCCACCCAAUCCUUUGCCUGGCGACCAUGGCCUAACCGGAACCCUAACGGAACCUUUAACUUCGGCGAUUCAAAGAAGUACGAAGGCUCGUCGGAGUUCGUCCACCUCCGUUACCACAUGGGCCCGGUCUUGACGGCGAACAUCACCGUCCAUCCGAUCUGGUACGGCGCAUGGGACCCACCCAAGAAGCGCAUCAUCCGAGCGUUCAUUCGCUCCAUCUCGCCGGAUGGCGCCGCGCCGCCGAAGCCAUCGGUGGCGGCUUGGUGGCGCACUGUGGCUUUGUACACGGACCAGACUGGCUCGAACGUGAGCCGAGCCGUCCGGCUUGGCGCCGAGAAGAAUGACCGGCUUUGCUCGCACGGGAAGCGGCUGAGCCGGCUCACGGUUCAGCACGUGAUCCGGUCCGCAGUCUCGGCCCGGACCCGGCCCUUGCCGGUGAACCCGCAGGGUGGUCUUUAUCUCCUGCUGACGUCUGAUGACGUCUACGUCGAUGAUUUUUGCGGACAGGUAUGCGGAUUCCACUACUUCACAUUCCCAUCGAUCGUGGGCUACACACUGCCAUACGCGUGGGUGGGGAACUCAGCGCGCGCUUGUCCAGGUGUGUGCGCGUGGCCGUUCGCCGUGCCGGCGGGGUACGGAGGGCCGCGUGCCGGAGCGCCGCCGAACGGAGAUCUUGGCGUUGACGCCAUGAUCAGCGUCAUUGGUCACGAGUUGGCCGAGAUGGCGUCCAAUCCGCUCGCUAAUGCUUGGUACGCUGGCACAGACCCUUGUUUUCCGACUGAGAUCGCUGAUCUAUGUGAGGGGAUCUACGGUACCGGUGGUGGAGGGUCGUACACCGGGCAGCUCACCGUCGAUGGGCGAGAUGGGGCGGCGUAUAACUUGAAUGGGGUUGGGGGGAGGAGGUUCUUGGUGCAGUGGGUUUGGCACCCGGAGUUAAAUUACUGUUUUGGCCCUAAUGCUUUGGAUUAGUGAUUAUUAUUAUUAUUAUUAUUAGUCUUGUAAACGAGAUUUUUAUAUUUAUGUAUAAUUUGGUAAUUUUAAAGUCAUGAUUAUGAGUU